AUGACACUUAUCCAAAGAGAUCAGGAGGUCAAAGAGGCUAAAAUGGAUGGAUCGCCUACCAAAGAGGAUAGUGGAAAGUCCUUGAGACCAGUACGCAACAGGCGAUAUACUCGGAGAAGUUUAGUAGCUGGACAGCGGCCACAGAAGAGGCUUUUUACACCAGAAAUAAAACGGUAUUUAAAAGAUUGGCUCGUACGUCGAAGAGAGAAUCCUUAUCCCAACCGAGAAGAAAAAAAAUAUCUGUCCCGAGAAACAGGACUAACAUACAUACAAAUUUGCAACUGGUUUGCCAAUUGGAGACGAAAAUUAAAAAAUGUAAACGUGGACCGCAAUCAACAAACAUGGGGUCAUCUUAUCCGCACCUACAACGACCGUGCCCAAGGAAACGUUGAACAAUUUAGCAUCUGUUCGGAUGACAGCAUAUGGAGUGAGCCUGCGCCGAGUCCCGAUCAUGAAACGUUGGACAUUGAUGCCCGACUUGAAGGCAGCCCUGAGUCUAGCUCAGAAUAUCAACAUUUGGACGCGGACUUUUCCUCAUUGUCUACAGAUAAGUGCGAAAGCUUUAAUAACAACUCAAACGAAGUUGAUCAUAGGAGCGGAAAAACUGACGACCCUAAAAACAUUACAAGUCCUUUACUCCUAAGCAAAUGGUUAGAAAGCGCUGCACGAUUCCAACCAAGUGAAAAUAAUUACUCCUGGUGGGCUGAUGGCAAACGACGAAAAUUCGAAUCCAAAUCACAAUUAUUUCCUUCUAAAGCCUUGCGACAUGAUCGGGAUGAGGUCGAAGCAGCCGUUGCGUUAACUGCUUUAGCAUCUGCUACAAGUCGUCUUGCAGCACCCUAA